AUGAUAAAAAAGCCGGACGGGUCUAAGAGGAUCCUGAGGAAAAAACUGAACAACGACAUAACAAACAUCCUGUUGCUAUUUGAAAAGGUACAAGAAUGGGCAGACCUAAGUAACAUUUUACAAAAAUUAUAUUUGACCAUCGAGAAGUACGACAUCUUUGUGGACGUGGCGUCAAAAUUCUUGCUGUUCAGGCGAUUGUCACAAUGUCUUAAUCCACUGCUGCCAUCCGGAGUUCACUCCAAAGCCUUAAUCAUAUACUCAGUUAUUUUUAAAAAGGCAGAAAAAAGUUUCUUUAUAAAUAGCAUUCACAUUUUAUGCUCUGGAAUUUUUGAAUUUAUGUUACAUUGUACAAUUAAUUUGAAGACCGUUUAUUUUAAGAAUAUAAGGAGCAUAUUGAAUUUACGUGAAAAUGUUUACAUAUUCGCAUACGCUUUACUCCUUUCCCUUUUUAAUGUGGUAGAUAGUGACAAUAAUAUAUUACUAUACAUUUACUCCAUUAAUAAUUAUAUUGGGGAAAAAAUAUUUUUUAAUAACAUAUGGCUACUCCUACUAAGGCAUACAGAAAUCAGGACAAACAUUUUACACUUUUUAGAAACUUCCUUCAGUCCUCAAAUUCAAUUACUUUCCAAGGACAGAAUUAACAUGCUUCUUCCUUUCAAGGAUGACUUGGUUUUGUCUUCAAUAAUCUUUUGCCUCAAGGAUAAGAAUAUUAUUAACCAGCGGAUCACGCUCAGUUUGCUCAUUAACAAUUUUCCCCUCAGUCAGGUAAAUUUAAGAAGCCGCAAAAAAGGGGGAGCUCCUUGGGCAGGAGGAAGAAGUAUUGAUUAUAUUCCACGAGACUACCAACAUAACCAAGCCAGUGCUGAUUAUGGUGGUAGAAAUGUCGAGCAUGCCGCUAUUGACUCAGCUGUGGCCAGGUCCGCUUCCUACACUGCGCGCACUUUACAAGGGAGAAAUGGACGGGUAGCAGAAGAUCGAGUGACGGAAGAUGGGGUUGCGGCUCCUCUACGUUUAAGUGAAAAAUAUGAAAGAGGAAAUUCUAAGAAGAGGUAUCACAGUGAUAAUGACCAAGAGGAGGAAGGUAGUGGAGAAUACAGUGGAGGAUUGACCAAGGCAAGUCAUGGCAGUAACCCCCUCAUGGGAAAAAUAGGAGGAACUAUGAGCCAAGCACUAUGGAGCGGUAACCACGAAGUUGAUAUUAAUGACGAUCGAUCUGCUUCAUAUGAAUAUCAACAUGAGGACUCAUUUGCGAUGGUCAGUAAAGAAGAAAAAUAUGAAGACAACGAGAAGAUGCUCGAGAAGCACGAAGUGGAGGGGUUUGAUGGACCCAUUUCCGAGUUGAGUAAUUUUGGCAGCGGGUCACGCAGCGAUGUGAGGGAUGAUUUCCCCUCUCCAUUGCCUCGAAGUGACGUGAAGAAGGUCCGAUAUGAUAUUGACCCGGAGCGACGCAAUGUAGAAGAAAUGGGCAGUGGUGAUAUGGAAGGAGUGAUCACUUCACGAACAACAGGACGUUCACAGGGAGGGGUGAAGGAAGAAUUAGAGUCAACGACCAGCCCAUGUGUUCUCUUCAACGAUGUAAGUAAAAAAAUCAUCGCACGUAAUGUGAUUUUUUUACUACAAAAAGGAGAUAUCGGAUUGAACAGAAGAAUUUUUAAAUACCUUUACUUAUUCGAAAAUAAUGAUGAAAAAAAUCUUAAGGAAGGAAUUAUUAAUAUAGAAAAUUAUAAAGUGUUUGUGGAAACAAUGAUUGACAUCCUCGAGAAUAAAUUUCACGACAAUUGUCCGAGCGUCUUACAUGUACUCUACACUCUGCUAAAAAAUAUGGACUAUGUAAAUAUAAACAAACAAAUCGUGCAUAAAAUCUUUCUCUUCCUUUUGAACUUUUGUUAUAAGAAUAGAAGAGAUAAGAGGAUAAAGCAUUUCUUCAAAAAUGUACUGACCUUAAAUUUAAUUAGCUUCGACCAUAUUAUGAGUAUUUUCCUUUGUACCUUUUAUUUCCUUUUGAAGAGUUAUGAAGGCAUGCUCAGGCAGAAUGUCGAUACGUAUACAAAACAGUUUACAAAUCUUAUGAAUAUUAUGACCUACUUUGUCGAUUUUCUACGUAGAAUGAAUCGCUAUGUGUACACUUACUUUUUAUUUUCCUUCAGUGUAGCCAUUUUAAGAUUGAUGAGACGCUUGAAUUUGGUCAUGCUCUCCUUGUUUGUGAAAUAUAGUCAUGUCAAGGAGAUCAGCGAUAAGUACUUUAUGGACUUGCACGAAGUUAUCUCACGUAGGCACAGCUCCCUCUACUACUUCUUCUUCUUCGUCAUGCACUACAACAAUUAUUACCUCAACAGAUGCUUCGUCUUUCUGGCCAAGGAAAGCACUUUCUAUCGUGCUAUCCUUCGUCGGGGAAGCGGAGCCAAUCAAGUGCCCCUACAGAAUCACAUGGGCUUCCCUAACCAAGUCACGACACCCGUGGAAGAGAAGAGGAACAAAAUGCAGAAAAUAGGGGAAGCCAGAACGAAUGGCGUAGAAGAUGAGUACAAAACACAAGACAAUAGGAUAAAAUAUGAACAGUACACCAAUGACAAGGAAUUGAAAAUAAGAAUGGCCGAUACCUCCAUGGAUUAUAUGAAGAGGAAGGUCAAGAAGAAGAUGUUUGAGAGUGACGUGAACGACGGGUCUUCUGCCAACACGAGCAGCAUUUACAACGCUACCCAUUUGCAGAGGGCGGAAGGUGAGGGUAGGAACUACGCCAUGGAUGUGACUAGUACGAGAUCGCCCCUCAACGAUGUAGCGAGCACGGGUAGAGGUUACUCAGGGAGAUCUACCUUCGGGCAAAGCGGUCAGGGCAGCCACAACAGCUAUAACUACAGAGCUAAACUCGAAAAUGACGAGCGCUUUUUCUCCAUACUGAUCAAGUAUAGACGCAAGCUGAUGCGGAACCUGAACGACGCAUUUGUAAAGAACAGCGACCUCUACUUCUUCGCAAAUAAUUAUGAGUACGGAAUUUUUCUUUUUUACAAUUUUCACCUUCUAGUGGAUAAGGAGCAUGUGAACAGAAGCUGCUACUUCUUCCUCAGACACAUCUUAAAAAAUUGCUCCACUGACAAUCAGGACAAAUUUUACUUCUGGUGUGUCCUGUUCCUGCACGUGGUCAGAAUAAACUUUAACCGAUCACUCCUAAAGAGUUCCAAGCCGAUCGUUGGGCAGGACGUGACAACCGACAGUCCCGUUGGUGCGAGCAAAAUGUACUACGGGAAAAGGAAGGGGUCAAAAAUGCAGCUGCAGCAGCAGGAGCAGCUGCAGCAGCAGCGGGAGCAGCAGCGGGAGCCGCUUGUCGGAGGAACAGUAAGCGAUGUGAUAGAAAGCCAAGUGAAAAAUCAAAUGAACCUCUCAGGAGGAGAAUACAGCGAGAGGAGAAUUGUGGAAGGGCUGAAGGGAAAGAAGAGAAACAAUUUCCAUCGCAACAAUUGUUCAAAAUCGGAACAGGCACUUCUCUUCAGUAAAUCCUUCAUGGAAGGGCUAUUGAUUUACGCGAAUAAAAUAGUCAAGUGCAUUUUCCACUACAUUAAGGUGUUAAGGAAAAAUAAAAAAUUCAUAAAAAUAUUUUUCGACAUAAAUUAUUUGUAUUUUUUCUGUGAUAAUAAUUAUUGUUUGAAGAUUUUAAGAAAUUCCCUCAAGUGCAAGGACAAUUACGAAUUAACAAUAAACGUGAGAGUAAUUCUUCAAUUCAUCUUAAAUAAUGAAACCAGUGAGUACCAUAUCAUUCACUCUAAUUUUUAUAAUUUGACUCAUGAUGUUUUUAAGCUAUACAGUCGCAGAAAUACCCUGAUUAAUUAUUACAUGAUUAAAUAUAUAAAAAGUAAUAAAAAGAAUUUGGCUUACAUAUUGGAUAAUAUAAUUAUUAACAUGUUUGAUUUAAUUAAUGAAAUUGAGGAGGGGUUGCUGUUGUCUAGCGCAGAGGGAGGAGGAGAUCAUGGAGCAAGUGCAGGUGCCAGUUAUGAAGAAGUAGCAGUGGUGGGUAGCAGCGCAACACUUGGCGGCCCGCCUCUCACAGGCCAACACACAAAUACACAAAAUAAUUUUGAAAAGUGCUUACGAAAAUUGAAGUGUAAAUUUGAUUACAUUCAUUUCUUUUUCAUGGGCGUGGAAAAUUUCAUGUUGUGGUUAUACAAACACAGAGUCAGUAAAAAAAUUUAUAACGCCAGGAACAAAAUGUCACUAGAGAAUUAUGAAAAGAACCUCCAGAUUGUGAUGUGCUACAUUUGCACCGAGGGGAAUAUGAGUGCAGCUUAUUUUAGAAACUACCUCGAUGUCUUUUUCCUACUCUUUUUGAAGAUCAUUUAUAUUAAUGAGAACGUGGGGGAGAUUGGCACUAGUGCUGGAGAGAGCGCGGCCAGCGGGGUCAGCGACACCAACAAGGUCGGCCAUGCGGCACACGCGACACACGCAGCACACGCAGCACACGCGGUUAAUGCUGCUAACAAUAGCAACACUAAUGCGGCCAUCGUUAGUACCCCCGCUAACGGCGGCUCCUCGCAGAAGGAAAAGAAUUUGCUCAAGCAAAGCAUGCUGCUAGAGUUCAAGCGAGACGUCAUCAACCUCAUGGCACACAUGUUCUUCUGCGCAUACAGCUCGAAUAAAAAAAUGGACUACAUAAAAAUUCUCAACAGCUACUACCGACAACUCAUUCAUCACAUCCUCUUCCUCUACUUUUACUUCACCCUGAAGAAAUAUUACAUUCUGCAAAUCCAGUUAAUAAAUUUCAUAAAGAACAUACUCCCCUUAUACGAAACGAACACAGACAAAAAUGUCUUCUCAUGUGAUGUGUUAGAGAAGGAUAUCACAUUUGGUAAAGUCAUGAAACACACCAAUUAUGAAGAAUUUAUUUUGGCCAGCAAGUACCAUUACGAAUUAGUUAAUAAAAAUAAUCUCCUUGUAAAAAAUGAUGUCUUCAUAUUUAGCAUCCUCAGGAAAAGUAUGACAGUCAUAUUUAAUUUUAAUGAACAGGUAAUUUAUAAAGAGUUACUCAAAACAAUUAUUUUUCUUAUUGAAAAUAUUAUCGUGGAAAAAGAUGUAAAAUCGUACUACCUGACUGUUUUCUUUUUGGACCUGUUAUACAUUAUCAAAUCAGAAACAGAAAAAAAAAAAAAAAAUAUUUUUUUUAUUAUGAAGUUUUGUGAAUUUUUAAGUGAAGUAUUUAAAAUUAUUUACAAAGAUGAAUUAAAAGCACAAAUGAAAUUUCCAAACAGAUUUGAAUACGAUGAAAAUAUAACUGUUGAUGAUAUUGAAAAUAGUUUAUGUGAAGGCAAAAUUUCCACUGCUGCUUUUUGCUCUGUUUUUUCAAUCAAAACCGAUGAUAAAUUUAUUACUGUUCAGCAGAAAAAUAUUUCCACUCUCUUUUCAGUCAUUUUUAAUUUAUAUGCUUACUUGAAGAAGAAACUCAGAGUCUACUGCCGAAAUAAUAGAAGUCUCCUCACUCAGGAUGAUCGUAACGCACCCCCAAAUAGCAGCCACUACAACAAUAAUAGUAGUAGCGUGUAUAACAAUAACAGUAGCGUUUAUAAUAAUAAUGGUAGCAUGUACAAUGAGAAUGGUGGCCCCGUUGGAACAGGUGCCGCUGUUGUUGGAAGUGUCGACCAGGCUGGCGUAACAGUCGACCCACUUAAUAGCAGCAAUAAUGAUCCUGGUAUGUUUGGUAAUGUCUUUGUUCAAGGAGGAGGCGCACUAGCACAUGCAGGAAGUCCUGUCAAACACACACCUAUGAAUAGCGACUCACAUCAUGCCCUCCGCAUGAGCAGCGCCGAGCGCGCCGAGGAAGCCAUUCGAAUGAACCAAGACGCUUUUAUGGAGGACACAAUGCAUUUGAGUAGCACAGCGGACAGAACUUUACGCAUGAAUAUAGGGGAAGGUAUAGAGUCGGACGCAGCAUUGGACGCAGUGGUCAAUACAGCCAUGGAUAAGGCACUUGGCAUGGAAGCGCUGGGCAGCAACGUAGCGGCCCCUCUUGAACGGGGUGCAUCAUCCUACGGGCAGUACGCCACAGGGGAUUAUGCUUAUGGGGGUAGGAUGCCAGGAGCUGUUGGAAAUGAGCACAUGGGGUCUCUAAGUGUGGACAAUCUUUCAGUAGAUCAUCUGCGUGUAGAACCCCUUAGCAUGGAGAACCUUGGCAUGGAUCGGCGUGUCGUGGAACCGCUAAACAUGGGAAGCGUCGCUUCAGUUGGAGGAGACAAAAGCUUCGCGCAGGCCCAGCACUUGGCAAGUGGCAACGAACUGCUAGGAUCAGAGAGCGAUUGCCUGGGUCAGAGUUACGCAGAGGACAACGGAAGUUUUGUCUUCCCAGGGGGCACAAAUGUUGAUGGUGAAUUCUCGCAUGGUAAUGUAGGAACAGUGGGGGCGUACCCGAGCGGCAAAUAUAUUUAUCGAGAAAAUUUGAACAAAGGCAGCAGCGAGGUGGUUGCUCAAGGGAUGUACAGAAAGGGAGACAACUUGAAUAGCGCCAUGGUGAGCGGGGCUUAUAAAAGCGCGUACUACGGAAAUGUUGGCUAUGGAAAUGACAAGGUUCAAAUGGAUGGGGCCAUGUCGAUGCAUGGAGAUGCGUUGGGCAUGGGGGGAAGCCAACAGAGAGGAGGUAACCUUGGAGGGGGCAAUUCAGGAGUAGGUCUUCUACGAACCAACAUGCAAGGAGAGGGGGCCGCUCGCCAGCACAUGCCUGGUUUGGAGAAUAGAACGUUUAACAGCAAUCAGUUGGCGAAUAUGAUGGGUGACGUGGAUAUGGCAACGGGCGCGGGAGUCACCACAGGAGGAGGAGCAGCAGCUUUGGGGUCUUUGACCAGAGGCCUCAGCUUCAACGCUCACAGUGACAACAACACGUUUACGAAAACCGACGACAGUACGCUAGCCUUGUCCAAGCGAAUAGAACACUCCUUCUUGUACAGAGGAAAGCUAAAGAGUAAUGGGACGACGAUCGAAGGAUCCAAGCGAAACAAAAAGAUACUCCUACUCAAAGUGUGCUUGCGGAAUAUAAUUUCAAUAAAUAAAUUGCUGUACUUUGUGACGAGAAACGACUUCCUCUUUAUAGAUAGCCUGUAUACGUUGUUUAAGGAAUACAUUGCGAAGAGGAAGGAGUACAAGCAGGAAAAGGCGGAGGAUUCGGAUGAUGACACGGCUUCGUACACACAUGAACACAGGAACCGAUUUUUGAAGGGCGUCAUGAGGGUGGCGCGCAUGGGACACGGUGAGCAGCUUGCAGUCGGUGACAACGAUUACGACGACGAAGACGACGACGAUGAUGAUGACAGCUCUGAUGGCAACGACAGUGAAAACGAAUACGAUAGGGACGAGUACAACGAGUACAAUUAUGAAGGGAACGAUCACGAUAGUGAUUUUGACGAUAGCGAUAGCGACAGUGACCACGAUGAGCAGAAAAUUAUACAAGAGCACGUGGACCCUUUCGUUGACGAUAAUGGAGCGAUUAUGGGACGGGCAAACAUCAACAUGGGCAGCGGAAAAAAAACAAUUAGAAAGGAAAGAAUAAGAGAAUACUUUAGAAGGGAAAAAAAAUUGUUACAAAAAUUUAAUUUUAUUGGAAAAUUUGGAAAAAGCUCGAUGAAAAAAAGUAUGAUUGUUAUGAACGAGUCAGGUGAAUUUAUCGAAAAAAAAAAAUUAUCAUUUUCGCUAACUCUGUUAACAGAAUUUCAUGAUGAUAUAUUGGUCAAAAUUUUGGAUGAUUUAUUAAAUUAUUAUGAAAAAUAUAAGACAAAAAUUAACAUAAAUGAAUUUAUGUAUUUUGUAUUUCACAUUUAUUUGAACAUUUGCACACUUACCAAAAGAAUUAUCAACUGCUUUAUCGAUUUUAUGUUUUCACUCAUAAAAAAAAUUACACAGACAUCUCAAAAUAUUAUGAGCAGCCUUUGGUUUUUGUACAUACUCUUCGUUAUCGAAAAUAAUCAUCAGUACGUAUUUAAUGACAAGUUACAAAAGAAAAUUAUCCUCGAGCAGAUAAGUAUAUUGAUACAGAUUUCUCUUUACAGUUACUACUCCAAGAAUGUGAAAAAUAAUUACAAUGUACAAACUCCUCUUCCAAAUUUUGUCCUGCCUUUUAAUAUUUAUUACAUUGUUCAGGAUUAUUUCAUAAGUAAUAAUUUUUUUAAAAAAAGAAAAAAAAAUGCAAAAAGUUAUUAUAUGAAGAAUUUGAAGCUUAUAGAGAGAACAUUUAACAUUAAUGAUUAUUCGGAGAUAGCUGCCAUCAACGCCUUGUCUUUCCUUCUUCUUUGUUUUUAUCAUGUUAUAGUGCAUAGCGGCACUUCGGGGGAUGGUACAGCGAGCGGUAGUGGUACAAAUCAUGGUGCUGUUCACGGUACAGGGAACGCCGCUGCACACGCCACAUCACACAGUAGCAACCACACCAGUGGCAACAAUCAAGCUGGUAGUGGAAACGCCGCAAGUCAGAUGAAGAGCUAUAUUUGUGAAUCAUCAGUUAACUUAUUUUAUGAAAAUUUUAACAAGUACCUUUCCCUCAUUUAUAACAACAGUAUUCAGAAUGUGUUCUUCCGCUACUCCUUUUUGCUGAUCAUGAAUCUGCUUAUCGACUACAACUACAACUGCAAAUAUUAUAUAAAGAAAAUUACCUUUGACUUGUAUGCCUACAUCACCAACGUGGACAUACGUUGCUUCAAAGCAUUGGCAAGCAUUUUCAAAAAACUCAACGAGUCCAAUAUUGAUGAGUUGUUGUUAGUCCCCACGAGUAGCAUUUUCUCCCUCAAAUUUAACAUUAUAAAUUCAAGGAUUAAUUAUAUUAACAAAUUGUCACUGAUCAUUUUAGCAGGAAAUCGAAAUUUCUACCUGGCUCACCUGCCAAAAAUUGCAGAAAAUAUUUCAGAGUAUUUAAAAUUCUGCACCGACUUGAAGUUGUAUAGAGAAAUAUUAAUUCUAAUUUGCACCAUCAUCAUUAAGAAUGACGAAAAUGAAAUUUAUAUCAUCAUCCCAACAUUCAUUUCGCUCAUACUUCAGAUUUACCAUGUCGAGCGUAUGAAGUACAAGAUUGCGGUGGAGGACUUAAAGAAUGUGGACAAGGAUGAGGACACUUAUAUUUAUGACUUCAACUCGUACAACAAUGAAGAUGUGCUUUCUCUUCUAAAGACCCUCCUCAUUAUCAUCAACAUUUUGGUCAAGCGUAAUGUGAGCUUCCUCAACUUUUACUCCUGGAUUUUCUUCAAAGACAUUUCCAUAAAGAGGAACUCCUUUUCAGCGCACAAGGAUAUGGGUAACUACACCAGAGGGGAAAGGAACGACCUUAACGACAUGGAGGAGAUUAAUGGCGGUAAUGUUGGAGGCACCCCUUUGCGAAGUGGUCUCCCGGGCGUGCGUAUGCAGGGAGUAGGGGGAGGAAAUAUACCAAUGGACACCCCACACGCACUUGACAGCAACGUGGAAAAGGAUUUGGCAACCAAUGAGGACAUGAUCGAAGGAGUUAGUUUCCAACCGGAUGGUAGAACACCGAAAAAGAAUGUGUUGAAGGAUGGGGAGGAGGAUUAUUUCGCUUCCUGUGCCAACCUCAUGGAACAAAACGCUGAUGGCGACAAGGACGAUAUAAUCACCAUUCUAUUGAAUGCCAAUCAGGAGGAUGAUCCGUUUAACAAAGUAAGCAGCAUGUCCCCAUCUCACAUGAUAAAGAACACCGCUCUACAAAAUAAAGCAAAAACGGAAGAGGGAAAAUUUAUUGCCUUCCUCGACAUUAUUGAAAAGCUAUACACGCCCUCAAGUCCUCACAAGAAACACAAAUUGGGCGCCGACGCAGGGGCAGACACGAAUAGUGCGAACCAGGCAAUUGCAGCUACUGGGGAAGGAAGCGCGAGAAGUACAAGCCCAACCCCCCCUGUUCAAAACAGCACCAGAAAUAUCCAAGCGAACGAAGCAGAGGUCACAUUCCUCGACGAGAUGGAAAACGAAAAUGAACAAGGAGAUCGCCACAGUGGCUACUCCAACAAUGUCCAGAACAGCCUCUACUACUGUGACAACUACCUAAGUGAGUACAUAAUAAACACCAAGAAUCAGCUGUCUGGGUACUCCUCGUGUGAAAAUAACUUAAGUAGCUCCUCUGUGAACUCUGUAAGGAGUAGUUUCUCCAACAAUUUUUCGAAAGACAAUAUGGGUGCAAUUUUUUCUGACUCUUCGGAUGACCCUGACGACGCUAGUAAUAGCAGCUCCAACGAUUUGAGCCAUUUGUCUCACCUGAUGCCAAAUGUAGACAAUGAUGAACAGAUGUCCUCCGAUGAUAUGUACAGCAUGGCAAAUGAAAAGUGGAACCAUGUGCAUUGUUUGCCUAAUUGCGACAUGAACGAAUUGGGAAAGAAGAAAAAAAAAAAAAAGAAAAAAGUUUCCGUGCACUCGUGCAAAAAUAUCCGCCUCAUUUUGGUGUAUCUGUCCAAAAAAAUUAAAUUAAAUUUUUACAAAUAUUCUAUGAAGAAACCCAAGGACGAGACGUUCAUUCUGCUCAAGGAGUUGAACUCCGUGGAGAACGAGAUCAAUGAUUUGUUUUUGGAAGUGGACCUCAACCAGGUGUACGCCGACUUUCUCAUGAAGUAG